AUGGACAGCAAAAUCGCAGGCUCGGAUGGCUGCAUCGACGUGGUCGAGCCAUUCUGCAUCAUGGCCACUGACUUCGGUCUGCAGUUCUACGCCGGCGCUCGCACGAACAUCGAGCAGGGCGACGCUUCUGCGCUGGCCCUAUACAAGGCAGCGCGCAAAAGCGUAGGCCAGUUCCGGGGCAGCAAGCUUUUCUAUCUCAGAUUCAAGUGGCAGACCUGUCUUGUUUACUUGGAUGAUGUCGUCGUCUUCGCCGAAAAUUUCGACUUUCACCUAAGGCGGCUUGCGACACUACUAGAAGCCAUCAAGUCAUCAGGGCUCACUCUGAAGCCAGAAAAGUGCCGCUUCGCUUACGAUGAGCUUCUGUUCCUAGGCCACGUCAUCGGCAAGUGUGGAGUUCGCCCCGACCUGCAGAAGACAGCUGCCGUUGCAAAGUUCCCGCAGCCCAUCGACAAGAAGGCAGUGCGUAGCUUUCUUGGCAUGCGCACAAGAUGUGCUCAUUCUAACGCCGCGUUAAAUACGAAAUUGCGUUGCACACCAUCCUUUGUGUCCUGCAGCAUCGACAACAUCGCUACACCGCUGGCCUUCAUGUCGUACCUGCUCUCUGAACACCAAGAAGUGCAGGACAAAGUUCGAGCAGAGGUUCAAGCCCUACUCCAGAAAGAGGGGCAGCUCACAUACGACGGCCUCGGUGAACUCACGUACUUGGGCCAAGUGGUGUCAGAAACACUGAGACUCUAUCCUGCGUUUCCUAGCUGGGUGCCCAGGACAUGUAUGGAGGACUACGAGUACAACGGGGUGCGCAUCCUGAAAGGCAUGAACGUUUCCUUUUACGCUCUCGAUGUGCACUACGAUCCCGUGCUGUGGCCGGAGCCGAAAAAGUUUGACCCUGAACGAUUCAGCAAGGCAAACAAGGAGCACAUACAUCCCUUCUCGUACUUGCCCUACGGAGCUGGACCACGCAUAUGCAUGGCAGCCACGCUGGCCCGGGUGGAAUUCAUGGUCGCGCUUGCCCUGCUCGUGUUGCGGUACAGGUUACUGCCUAGUGGCAAGUACAAAGACGAGCCACCGAAACACUUGAAAGCAAGCUUGGAGGGUUUUCCCCAAGAAUCUAUAUUCAUCAAACUACAGAAGCUUUAAAAUCCAGGAAAAGACUUAGAAGAAUAGACUGAACACACGUCAUGUUCAAUGUAACUGGCAA